AUUAUCAUUCCAAAAUGGCGGCAAUAAGAGGUAGCACUUACUUUGACAAACUCGUCUUUUGUGAGAUUAUUGAAGGAAGCAUUGAAGAGUAAUAAUGCCGACUGUAGAUAAUACAGGGAAACACAGCGUGGAAAGCAAGAAAGCUGGAAUUAGUGAUGGGAUAACAUUCCCAACUCAGGAAAGUCAAACUGUCAACCGCAGCGCAGCAAAAGCCAAAAAAUCACUCUCAGAACGUUCGGCAUUUAGCGAAAAUGAUCUGAAGGGAAGAUUGGCUACAAGCGAGCAAGGAAAUACUAUAAAAGAUGGAAUUGUCACUCGUCAUUCGGAGAGUAAUAUUCACCUAGCAAAGUUGGAUGUUCCAUUUUUUGAUGACUCUAGAUCAGAGGCAAGUGGUGGAUCAGGUUUGGCGAUUGUACCGUCCUUGGAUGGAAGAAGUUUGCUUUCACAAGACAGUGGAAGAGAAAUUCUUCCCAGCGUAUCCACUGUUGGGGGUAAAAAUGAGCACAGCUUUGACCAAGAAGAAAAAGGUAGUCAUACAUUACGGCUGAUGUCAGUAAACAAGAUUCAUUGUACCUAGAACAGAAAAUAAUAAUAACAAACUAAUAGUAAAAAUAAUAAUAAUGAUAAUAAUAAUAAUAAUAUCUACCCAGCGAGCAAGCACCCCUUCUGCCCCCUCCCAAGAAAAAAUAGACUUUAUGAUGUGGUUGUCAGUGGUGUUCAAUAAUAAGGAAGGAAAAAUAUUAUUGUUCUCUUCUAGACAUAGUUCCUUCCCUUCCUGAAGGAUGGCCACAGUUUAAAAGCAGAUUGUGGCGCCGUAGAAGCUGUGAGCUUGUCAAGAGCUCUUCUUCAUGUGUGCGAAAGGCAGUUUCUCAUCUGCAUCAGUUGCAGGACCUGGUUGAUUUAUUUUACAAGACCGAACACUUUGAUGAGGAUGAAAGAUUAAGCAAGCAAAGAUUCAGUGCAGUAUCAGGUGCUGUAACACUUAUAAUAUUGUAAAUUAUAUUUUGCCUCAUUUAUAACAAAAUAGCAAGAUUAAAACGCUUGGAUGACAGCCCAUAGAAUUGUUCUGACAAAUGGUGCGGGUGGAAUUUGAACCAUGGAUAAAUAUUACUAGUAAUCCUUCAUCCUUUUUUAUGAUCUUUCUUUUUUAGGCGAACAAAGUUUUUAAAUAUUCUUUUGCUGUGCAAGGCGCUAUUUAUUACGUAGGCAUAGCAACAGUGAUCUUUUCACGGAAGAUAACAUUUUAUAAUUCACAUGUGGAUGAUAUCAUGUUUUCACACAAAUGCUCAUUUUGUAUUUCAUUGAUGUUUAUAUUAAUUUCUUUUUUAUUUUCCUUUGAUUUUGGCUUGAACCCCAAGAUACUUAGCCUGCGUCGCAAACAUAAUUUAAUGCUGGUCGGUAACGACUGCAAAGCAGCGCCCGUAUACAUGUUCUGGGGCCCCCAAUGGACUCAAUGAAUUACUUGAAAUACAUUUUUAAUCUCUUUUCAUCUUGAUUGGCAAAUCAGCGAUGGCUUUUUUAACAGGCCAGUCAUGGCACUUAGUCAAAUCUUGGUACACUAGUUUGAACAAGAACAAGGAUAAUGACUAGAGUUUAGUUUCAUCUGUGGUGCAGGCUCCAAAAUACGUGUAUAUGUGCUGGUUAAAAUGUUGUAAAAAGGGUCUUUCAAGAAACACCGAGAAGAGAGUUCUUGCUAGCAAAAACACUGUGUCGAAGUUUGAAAAAUCAAAAUCUUUUUGAAGGAGAAAUUACAAAUACUAAGCAGUGUUUCAUCCGAUUUCCAAACACUCAUUAAACAUUAAUUUCCUUUGUAUUUUCUUAAUGAAUUAUUAAUGAGUUUGAGAAGAAAAAAUCUAAACACUGAUGGUGUGUUUGCCUAUUGAUUUAGAGGGUAAGAGUACAAGACAAGUUGAGCAGAUUCUAGAAAGUCAAGGUGUUACUGAAGAGUCAAGCCAAUUGUCCUCAGCUAGCAGCCAUGGAAGACGAAUUCGGUGGCUUCUAAGUUCUGCAUCUCUUGGUAACAUUGAAGAAGAAGCAGAUUCAGUUAGAGUGGAGUCUUCUGCCAGUGGGGCAACAUUAGAGGUUAGCAUCCACAUUAAAUAUGAUAAAUUUAUCUUAACAUUCUAUUCUAACAUUCAAAUACACGUAAUAUUUACAAUGCACCUUUAUUGUUAAACUCCUCUAUAGCUGGAGGGUUGUCUACUUUACAAGUGCACCAGAAAUUUUGUAAUAUUGAGAUUUGUCAUCCAAAGAAAUAUCUUUUUUUGGUAAAAUAUCUGAUGCUUAUUUUAGUGAUCAUUCUCUUGUAUUCUGCUGAUUUUAUGGAAGAAGGAAAAAACUAAAAACCUGUACAGGAAGUACCAUGCAAAGAAAAAAAGGGACAGCAACUGCUGACAGAGUGGGAAAAGUUUAAAUUUGACAAGGAUUCUUGGAAGCAGGAAAUUCCAGAGGGGAUGAACGAAAGCCACCUAGAAACAGCCAUGGAGUGAUGCCUAAAAUGGCUUAUCUCCCUCAAAGCCGCCUACAGCACUGUGUUCCCUGCCCUUGCAAACAUGAAUAAUAAUAAUAAUAAUAACUUUAUUAAUCUCCUCAAAAAGGCUUUUCAGCUUAAUUUACAAUGUCAAAUAUCUAAAACUUAGUUUUCCAAAAUACCCUUAAAAAAUGCUGUUUUAUUUUUACUUUAAAUACAUCUAAAUUAGUGAUAGACUGAAACUCGUCUGGGAGACUAUUCCACAGCUUUUGGCCUCUGAAGGUAAACGCGCGCUGACCUGCAGCCAUCUUGCAGAGUGGUAUAUGUAGGCGGUCCCUAUUCUUAGUGUUGCAGUUGUGCACUUCCGAUCUGGUUUUAAACUUCUGACAAAGAUAUGGAGGUGCAAGUCCAUUUCAACAUUUGAAUACCAUGGUAGCACCCCUAACUGCAAGUUGUUUAAUAAUUGGCAGCCACUGUAACUGCUUAAGAAUAGGUGUAACAUGAUCAAAUUUCCUCGUUCCAGAAACUAUCUGGGCUGCAAACUUUUGCACUGUUUGUAACAUUGCUGAAGUUUGCUUGUCAAUGCCAGUGUCCAAUGCAUGGCCAGAAAGAGGUUGCAGUGCCCUAAAACGUAUCAAGACUAGGCUGAGGAUCACUGCCACAAAGCGGCUUUAAAUUAAGAGAAAUGUCCUAUUGUACCAACCCUCCACAAUGAUUCUUCAUUAAUUUGUGGUUCAAUUUAACAAUUCAUAGUUUUGAAGACAAGGGCAAUUUUGCUGUUUAUGAUAAAGAUUGUCAAAAUGUUUUAACUCCACGCUAGCAUGCCAGGCAUGCGAUCCACUAAAUAUCAGACAACGGUCCCACUAAAAUUUCUCAUGUCAGUGAAGGGGUGCAUACAAGAUAGCGUGAAGAGACGAUUUGGUCAAUAUUUAGAUUUUUAAAGAUACAUGGUGGAUUAUGCGUAAGUGUGCUUUAUCACGUAGCAAAAUUUUCAGUCUAAAAACUCAAAAUUUUUGACCAUACAUCACAAUAUAUUUGUGUGCAGGAAUAAUUCUUGCAAAACUUUUGCUGAGAAAAUUGUGAAUAUUGAUAUUGAAAUUUGGGUGCACUCCUGCAGCAGACUGCCACUCUAUUCUGUGGAGGACUGGUAUCUAAAUUAAGAGAAAUUGUGUCGUGUACAUGUAAUUAUAUGGAAAAGUCCAUUUGUACAGAAAAUUUAUGGCAGAUUUUGCAAAGUUUGCUGAGCCAUUUUCACGGCAAUGUAAAUUGAUCCAUUUAAUCAGAUCCGGGCUCCAUGCUGUGUGUGAUGAUAAACAUACAUAAUUAUGCAAAUGCUUGCCUUGGACAAUCAACCAAUCAAAAUCACUACCCAGUUUUCGGGCAGUGAUGUCACUGGACAACAUGAACAUCCAGUUGAUUCAGACAUUACUGAGGAAGUAAAAUUGACUCGAAGUAAUCAUCUGAAAUUCAGGGAAACACUGUAGUGUAUUCACUUUAAAAAAAUGAUUUUAUUAUUUGCUGAUGUAGGUUCGAGGCAAAAGUGCUGGAACUAUUGUAAGUAAAGUUUCAACUCCCAAGACUGUAAAAGCCACUGAGGCUCUUCCAAAGGGUUAUGAUAUCAUUGAGGAGGUCAUAACAUUACUUGGAAGGAUGGAAUGUGACAGGAUUGCUACCCAAGAAGCUUUGAUAAAAGAGAGAGAAAGAGUGCUCUUUUUACGAAAUGAGAUUGACACACUAGCAUACAAGAGAAUGUAUGAUCUUCCAUUGGCUGUGCAAAAAGGUAGGUCUAAAAAAGUUCCUCUUUCAAGAAGUUUCAACUCAGAAACUAUGUAGUCUUGUAGUAACUAGAACCAGUACGGGCACAUUUGCAAUAAGCAACUAUUCCUUAGUCUAAAUUACAGUAUAUGACCAUGGUAAAGAAGCAACCAUUGGUUUGAAAAAUGAUAAGUGUUUCUCUUUAUUUCAGUGACUAUCAUCAUGUGUCACUUGUAAAUUGAGUGGGUUUUUUUGUGUUUUAUUAUAAGAAACAAUUGUGUCUUAAAAUAAUUCCCACUACCACUGUACAAUGUUAAAGCAGAUUAGUGUCAGCAAUGGUACUCGAUAUUGAGUACUGAUAUAAUUUUGUUACGUGUACCAUCAUGUGAUUAGUGGAUUGUACAGUGUAACAACUCUUUCACUCUGUUCAUUGAUUUGACAGAACAUGAGGCAUGUGCCAUUGACAUCAAUGAACUCAGAUGGCAUUGUGCUUACCAAGGUAGAAUUGAGGCCAGGAUAAGUGAAAGAGUUCAUCAAGCAGGUACAUCACAAAGAAUUUGUUGUUGUUGUUGUUGAUGAUGAUUUUUUUUCUACUGUUAUGAAAUAUUUUAACUUGAUUUUUUCUUUAGUUGUUAGAAAAAGGCAUGCAGAGCAUAAAUGCCCACAGCUGCAUGUUAGUUCUGGUUGCCAGUCAACUUGUCUUGUCUGACAAAAUAUCCUUCGUGUUUUCUGUAUGUUUUUCACAAUUUCAACUGUUGUCUUUCCUUCAUCCGUUUUUCCUUGACAUUUUAUUUUAUACGUGUAUGUUAUAUACAUAGUACAUAUUCUAACUUGCAUUAGCCCAUUCACCCCAGGAGAUUUUGCCAAAAAUCACGCUUUGGACACUAUCAUAUUAUUAAGAGCUAAAUCUUACCACAAAGCGGUUUACAGUUCGUACACUUCACGGCCUUCUGAUCCAGAUGCAAAACCUUAGGUUGCAAAGUUCGGGCAUGCACAGAAAGCAAAAUUUUGAGAUUUUUACUUUUCUCCUCUUUUUUUGCUUUUCUUUCCUCAUUUUUUUUUUCUCUUGCUGGGCAUUUAGUAGGCUUCAUUUUGGUGGGAAAGGUUUUUAGGAAAGCUUUUAGGAUCUUAGGAUUAGAUGAAAGGAAAGGUAUGUGGGUAGUGGAACAAAAUUUUCAUGGAAAUUUUCAAGUCAAUGUUACAUGGGUUUUUGCCUUUUUCUCCAGUGUCCUUGACUUAAAUGUACCCAUUCUGGUAUGGUUUGAAAGAUCUCUUAAAUCUGCAAUAGUUAGUGGACAAAGUUGUCCUUGACCAUUAAAACUGAUGAUGUCACAAGCGGUAGAAAGGAAAUGGAUCCCUAUGGGCGGUUAUGGGCAGCUCAGGGGCGAAUGGGUUAAGGGCUGGCUUCAGAAUUCUCCUUUCCAAAAAAUGUUAAAACAAUAGUUGGUUAGGGUUCAGUUCUCAUUAUUUUAUUAGGCUGAGUUUGUUGUUCCUUUAUUAGUUAUUCUGGAAGUUGAACUCUGUGCGUGGGUUGUGAAUAUGCAUACUUUGGUCAACUAUAUUCUUUGAAGGUUCCUGAACCAAAUUACAUAAACACAACUUGGUUUUUAAUUCUUCGACUUUCUUCCCCGGCUCUGCAAUCUUAUUUUGAGUCUUGUUAUUUGUCAUGUAUUCCUCUUUCUACAGUAAAUGACUGCAGAAGCUAACUUCUGUUUGUUUGACUGCUAAACAACCUACAUGUAUGCUCUUUUCUCUCUUGCUCUAUGUAAGUCUUCUUUUAUGGCAUGUUUCCUUUUUUAAUUACCUCCUCAUGGUAAUAACUCUUGCUGUUUCCUUAUUUUGAUUUUUGUAGUGUAAUUGGUCUCAAAAUGCAUAUACUUUUUCAUUGAGUUUCUUGUUGUUUUGGCCCAAGGAAGAGACCUUAAAGUAUAUUUUGUGGUUCUUCUUUAUCUUUGGUUUAAAUUUUAUUUUCCUUUGUUUUUAGAUAUGGUAAUGUAUCAUAAUGAGUUUGAAACAUAGGAAAAUCCAACUGUAAAAUUUAAACCAAGGAUAAAAUUGAACCACAAGAUAUACAUUAUUCCAACUUGCUUGCCUUUAACCUUGCCUUUAAUCUUGAUGCUUUGCGAAUGUUUUUUUUCCUCAUGUUAUCCUACAUGUAUCUUUUUUUUAAUCCACAGUCGCAUUUUUAGUUUUUUAUUGUAAGGAAAAUGCUAAUGAAGCCCAGUAACAAGGGGAAAGAAACACUUAUCAUGGUUUGGCACAAAAUAAAAGUUUAUUCUAAGGUUAAUAUUUAUAAUUUAGGUAAGGUUCUAUGCUGUCCACAUUCCAUCUUAGUGACCAAAUUUAAUUAUCGCUAUAAUAUUGACCUCAGUGCACCACUGUUAAGCCAAAUACUUAAUGUUUAAAUUCAAUUGCCUCAAAUUUGCAUUGCAGAAGUAAGACAUGCAAAGGUUUUGCAAGAUCUCAGCAACAUACAAAAGCACUGGUAGGGUUUGAACACUUUUGUUUCUCUUUAAUUUCAUCCAAAAGUGUACUGAGAGAAAUUAUUGGUAGAAUUUGUGGAUUUCCACACUAAUUUUUGCUGAAAAAGCUGUUUCUAUUGUCACCUUGUAGCAUUGUUGUUAAUCUUGGUGGAUUUUCAGUCCUUUAGUUGAAGAGAAGCUUGAACUGGAAGGAGAAGCUAUGUCAAGCAUUCAGCAUAAACAAGAUGAAACGGAUGAAGAGCUUCGCAACACUCUUGAACGACUACAGGCUACCGAAAGAAAAACAGCUGAAGCCCAAGGCAAGGCAGCACAGGAAAGAUAUCUUAUUAAACAAGAUGUUGAUGUUGUAAGGAAUGAGCUCAAUGCUGUCAGGUAUGAUUACACUAUAGUCUUGUAUAAUAAUUAAAUCAUUUGAGUGAUUUUGUUAUUGUUACAUGGCUGAGGCCAGGAAAUGCUGACGCCAUAGUGUUGGGUACUCUCUGCCCAAGUGGAUAUCAGUUUUUGCAUGUCCCUCGUAUCACUGAAACUUUUGGAGGUGGAAUUAGAUUCUUAUUCAAAGAAUCCCUUGCUGUAAAUACUAAUGUUUGUGAGACCUUCAAAUCAUUUGAGCUGAUGGAUAUUUCCCUCAAGUUAGACUACAUUGGCUCCCUGUUUCCUAUGGUAUAAGGUUUAAAGUGCUACUGCUGACUUACAAAGCACUUAAUGAUUUAUCUCCUGAAUACAUAUCUGAGCUACUUAAUAAGCCUAAAUAUACCCGCAAUCUUAGAUCUCAGUCUCAACAUCUGCUUAGUGUUCCUAAAUCCAGAGUUGUUACCUGUGACGAUAGAGCAUUUUCUGUAUGUGCUCCUAAGCUAUGGAAUGAACUGCCUCUUCGGUUGCGCAUGUCGUCAAAUAUACAAGCAUUUAAAUCAGGACUGAAGAUAAUACUUUUUAAAAUGGCCUAUCUUUAGAUGGGCAUUUGCUUUAUUAUUUUGCGUACUAUUAUGUAUUUUCUUUUGUUUUCUAUUUUUUUGUAGUGUGUAAGAUGUAAUUAGUAAUUAUUUUUUAAUUAUAUAUAAUUGUAGGAAUUAGAAUAGUAGGAUGAAAUUGUAAAAACCAUUUUAUAGUUAUUAGAAGGUUAAAAUUGUAAAGUGCUAUGAAUAAUUAGUAUUAAUAGCGCUAUAUAAAUGAAUUAUAUUUAUUAUUAUUAUUAUCAUUAUUGUAUGUUGUUGUUGUUGUUUUUACAUGUAUAUAAGACUAUGAUUUAUGAAUACUAGUUGAGGCAGAUAUUUUGAUUGAGGGAAUAUCUAUAAAGAUAACUUUUAUUCCCUCUUUUGGUUAAUUAAUUGUGCAAACAAUUCCUGAGUUUAUAUUAAUGGUAUCUCUCCCUGAGAAUUUUCAUAAACCUUUGACAGGUUUUAGUUGGAAAUAAUAUCAUCAAUCCUUAAAGCUUCUAAUGAAGAAAAGGUUAAGCAAUGCUGCAAAUCUAACAUUAUUCAAGUGUCAAUGUGACUUAAGUUAAACAUGCAAACAGUAAUGAAGAUUCUACUGUUUUUACGUCUCCUACUUGAUCGGAGAUGGGACUACCAUUUCAACAUGGUGUUCUGAUCCUGCACAAGAAAGUGUAGGGCUAAGGCAGUCCUUCUUUCUCAGUUCUUUUAAGACCCUGACAUUCUAAAAAAUACCAAAAAGAAAAUGAAUUAAGUUUAAUUUGUAGUUUAGUUGUUGUCUGAGGUGAUGAACAUUGCAGUACACAGCUUCACGGUACAAAUGUUUUUCCCCUCUUGUAACACUUCCCAUAAGUACUGUCAGAAGAAUUAAUGAAAUAUUAUAAAUGUAAAUUUUUUGGUGAAAUAUAAUGUUUUGAUUGUGUAAUAUAUUUGGUUUUAUUUAAAAUAGUGAUGAACUGGCACAACUUCGCAUGUACUUCACAUCCAACACACAUACCAUGAAUGACAUAAGAAACACACUCAGGGAAAAUUCACAACAGCAAGUUAUUUUGGGUCAGUGCAGACUUUCAUUUUAUGCUAAAUAAUAAAGUAAAAGCAAAUUAGUGUUUUAGGUCUUUAUGUAUACUGUAUAUAUUCUUAUCAACUAAGUUGAUAAAGUAAAAAUAUUAUUCCCUUUGGGGGUCCUCACUGAUGCAGUGCCUCAGUUUCUUAGGGUCUGUUUACAUGGAGGUGGGGGACCCCAGGUAGGUGAGGUAACCUGCCUGUCCAUAUAAUCUCUGAUUUUAAUUUGAUCAUAUUAACAUGAUAGGUGGGGUGGGGUGGGGUAGCCCUGUCUGCCAAUUUCAGGGGCACCCAACGACAAUUUUCGGAAAAAUAUCUGUUCAUUUGUUAUAAAACUUCUUGCUUGCCUUAUUUUUACCAAAAAGGUCACCUAGAAUUUUCGGGAGCCUUUUUUCUGGCUGAAAUUUUCGAACAGGUAAGUUUUGAUCCCUAUAAUUUUCGGAUCACUAGACUUUCAGCUAGGAAAUCCGAACAGAUGAAAAAUUUAUAGGGGAUAAAAAUAUGCCCAUAUCCACCGUGUAAAUACUAAAACAAGUUUAACAAUGCCAUGUUUAAGUGGUUUUGAACUAUAUUCUCGUUGGGUGCCCCUGCAAUUUUACCAUUUAUCCAACAUAAGCAGCUACCUCACUUACCUGGGGUCCCCACCUCCAUGUAAACAGGCCCUUAGAAACUGUAACCGCUCUAUUCAUUGGUUGUUUUAUAAGUUAAAGUAGUAUCAAUGAUGUCAUAAAAGUUGUUUGGUUGGGUUUUGCUGAUAAUGCAUUGAAAAGUUUAGAGUGAGAACCUUAUAGACAAAUUACAUUGAUAGUUAUAUCUUGAUUCCAAUCAUAUUAUAUUCUCUGUUUUAGAGGGCAGAGAAGAAAGAAUUAAAGCCUUAGAAGCAACUCAGCAAGAUAAGGUACUUGUGUCAUUUUUGUUUCAUGGUCUCUUGUCUCAGAUAUCUUUUCAACAAUGAAUUUGUGAGACUUUUGCAUGGACUCCUGUCCCUCUAAUAGCGAAUUAUUUUUAUGAAUUGAACGUACACCUUGCUUUAUCAAUGUGGUUUAAUGCUUAAGUGAAAGAAAUUUAAGGUAAGCUGUGAUGAGCAAUAAUAAUGAGGAUAAUAAUGAUGAUCACGGGGCGGGCGGGCGGUCGGGCGGACCCACAUCUCUCCGGCUAUGUUUCCCGUUAGUCAGCUGGUUGGUGAUUGUAUUACAGGUAUUAAAACGCGUAAUGAUAAAGUCGCCAGAAGUUUCAAGUCCAUAACAAGAUUUAUCUAGUUUAAAAGGUCUUUUACUUGUAUGUACGGAGGGCAUAUGUUGUAAUUUGCCUUAUACAUCAUUAAAGACUGCAGUGCUUGACUCUUAUAAAUGUUUUUGGACACUAGGCAUUGGGCGAGCGAGUUUGAUAAAUCACUAGCCCAUGAGGACAAGCCACUGGUCCAAGAAAAAUUGAGGUUGUUCGAAACUUAAAAUUGUUAGAGGCCUGUACAAGGGGUUCAGAACUUUUAUGAUUCUUAAUCAAGUGCAGGCAGAAAUUUUCUGUUUUCUGACAAAAGGAGAGUUCGGAUUUCUUAAUAUCUCAGCGCUCAGUGGGUUAUCACGCCGAUAAGCCCAUAGAUAGUGUGGUCUAUUGCCGUUAUAAAAUAACUUGACGUUUUCUAUGAGUUUACCGGCACAAUAAACCAUAGGUUUUUAACCAAUCAGAACGCGCGUACUAUCUUAUCUUUAUUUUAUAAAGAUAUAUCAACAGAUGACAGACCCUCGGUGGCUCUCGCCCACCCAGUCCCAGGCCCCUAUUUUAUUGAGUAACAUGGAAACAAGGACGUAAGUUCAUUUCCAACAUGGCAUCCGUGCUGCGACUGGAGUCAACUGUACGAUAUGGAUAGCAAGUCCUUUGGCUUACAUUUAUACUAUAACUAUUGAUGAAGCGUUUUAGAAAAAGAACUUCUCAAGUUAUAGAGUUGUAGAAGAUUUAUUUUUUCCGCUAAACCGUGAACUGGUCUAGGGGCUAGUUGGAGCACAUUUUUACCAGCCCAGCGUGAAGUUUGACUAGUCUUGGACUAGUGGACUAGCGUUAGUGUCGAGUACUACUAGCUACUACUAGUGUUGAAAGUUUAGCUUUUCUCAAGAGUUCCUCGUAAUUAUGAACUUCUCGUGUCGCAUUAGACGGCCCUUAACGCUCUUGCGUGUAUGCGCGCCAUCUUUCUACAAUCUGAUGCCCGACAGAAUAAAAUUCCACCGUAUGACAGAACGUAAUUUGAGGCAGUAUAAAAGACAUGCAAAUGAUGAUAAUGAUAAUGAUCAAUAAUGGACUGACCAAUCUAUUGGCUUUUUCUAACAAGCGAUCUUGGCCUGUGCUUAUGUUGGUCAUUGUAUGAUCUACAGUGCAGCUGAACAUUAACACAGUGUACCGGCACUGUACGUAAGAGUGUUAACUGCAUGUUGUACCUUGAUUUUUGUGUUUCUAGGUUCAGAAACUCCGUGAGAAGAUUGUGGAACAAGAGGCCGAGCAUAUAAAACUUGUAGAGGAAAAUAACAAACUGAGAAAUGAGAAACAGAUAACUGUGAGUCAAAUCGCUGAAUUCGAGGUUCAGCAGAAUUUAGUCUUGCUCUUGACAAAAUGAUUGAAAUUCGUCAAUUACUGUUUUUUAUACGGUAUUUCUGUGAAAAGAGCUGGCGUCAAUUUUUUUCUUUUAGCAAGCAACGAUGGAAAGUGAAAAUGCCAAGUUAGAACAUGAAAUGAAGAACAUUUCAAAACGACUCAAAGAAUUAAACUCAAGAAUCAAGCAAACCAAGUCGGAAAACACUGAUAUAAACAGAAAACUGGAGCAAUGGUGAGAGUUCAUAUCAUAUUUGUUCUUUUUUAAAUAUAUCGGCUGCAACACUAUCAAAAUUGUCCUCCCCCAAAAACGAUUUUGACAGUGGCUUCUUGGGGGACGAUAAAUUAUCAAAUUUGGGCUUUUUAUUCUUUAUAGUCGCUUAUUGUAUGUUCAAUUGAGCUUGAACUACCCGCUGCACCUUGUCUUCUUCUUCUUCUUCUUCUUCUUCUUCUUCUUCUUCUUCUUCUUAGCUACCGUAUUUAUUCGAAUAAGCGCCCAACCUCGAAUUAGGCAAUACGAUGGUUCUGCCCUUAUUUGACUAUUGGGCGGUAGUUUGGGAUAGUUGUGGUCAGGUUAGUAAAUCCUGCUUCUAGACAAGCUAAGUCGCCGUGCUGCAUGUAUAAUUGCGGGCCGUGCGGUUUAGUCAGAUGAACUCUCUACCAUAUUUUGCUGACCCCAUUUGCAAGCGCGCCGUAAUUUCCUUAAAUCUAUCCUUGUCUAUAAGUGUAUCAAUGGAACAGUACCUUCUUAUCUGCUGAGUGAAUUUAGGUUCCACUCUCACUUCACAAGACGAUGUGAUCAGCUACGGCUGCCUCUGGCCAAAACCACAAAGUACCAGGGCAAUUUUCGGAUUAACGGUGCGCGUGCCUAGCUGUGCCUAGAAUUCCCUCCACUCCAAUAUUAAAGCCGUUAAAGACUUCAAUAAAUUUAAGUCCACAGCAAAACGGUAUUUCAAGUCCCAGGCAGCUAUCCCCUGAAAUUCUUCCAUUGUCGUGUGCUUACGUACUUUUAGUGUACUACUAUCUUGUCAUAAUUCCUUUGUAUUGAUUACAAAGUGGUAUUUUUAUUAAUUAGUAGUAAUUAAUUAACUGUUUUUCGCAGGACUCUGUUUAAAUUAGCUAUGCUAAAUCAGAAUCUCCUGUAUAAAUAAAUAAACUGUAAAAAAUUUUAAAAAUUAAUUAAAAACAAGUUGAAAAUCGGUUGUUUUUACAAAUAAAAUCGAGAAGAAUUCUCGAUAUUUUGUGGGCGUUUUUAAUUAAAACAAUUAUUCCACUCGCGCUUGUUGGAUAUGAGAUGACCAUAGCCAACUCGGCGCCACGCUCCUCGUUGACUAUCCAUCAUCUCAUAUCCAACGCGCACUUGUGGAAUAAUUGUCAAUUAACUAAGAUAUACACUGUAGUUUGAUAUUUAAAGAAUAUGAUCAUUUUCCUUAGAAUAUAGUCAUUUCAAAUGCAACUGAUCAGGCAUGCCGCAGUAUACCCUUGUAGUUAACCCUUAUACAGUCUAUAGCGUGGUGAUCUACAGUGAUAAUUCUCUCUUUAUUCUUCUAGUGCCAAACAAAAGGUUGCUGAUGAGAAGGCCAUUAAGCGUUCUGAGCAAGAAAUGGAGAAGAUUAAUGAGCAGAUGGAGGUUAUUGUCUUAAGUCUUAUUUUUCUAAAAAAUUGUUAUGCUCUUAUUAAGCUGUGUUGGUUUGAUGGGCAGUCUAUUGAGUUAAAGGGGUUUCGAAGCUGUUUGUUAUAGCUCAAGUGAAGAUAGGAAUAUACGUUAUUAUUCUGGCUUUGUUCUUCCAAUGAAUUAUUUGUGAAACUUUUCAACAUAAUGUCUUGUGCAAAAUGCAGGAAAAACGUCACUAAGAUGUAAAUAGGAUAGUGUUUGUUCAUUUUGUUGUUGUUUUUCAAUUUAUUAAUAAGGAAUCGAGUACUAGAAAUGUCCUUUGCAUGAUCCAAACGUAUGAACUGGCUGGAGAAGGUGUGAUUUCUCUUUAAUCUCUAUCCUCUGGUUCUGGGUCCUUUGGUUACGGCUACACUGUUAAGUAAAGUGACUCGAUUUUCACUUGACGGGCACCUCUAUAAGAUGGAUACCUCGGUAAAACGGACAUCACCUAGAGUUGGUGCCUUCAGCCUUUCUUCACUUCGGCCUUUAUUUGACUUUAGUCUCUUCUCUAUAAGACUGCGGUAAGUUGACUGCGGUAUUGCGGCCGUUAACUUUCAUUGGAUCAGUAUCGCUGCCAACAUUACCAGCAUUCAACGAAUGACACUGAUAUUGAAGAGUUUGAAUAAAUACCAACAACACCCCAAUAUCGGUGGGAGUUGUUGAAUAGUGGGCGAAGUGAAGAACUAACCAGCAAACGAAUGAAUGAAUGACUGUGUGAAGAUUAUUCAGCUCAUAAAGGAUGGUGUAAGUUCAUGUAACACAACAUUAGUGCUCAAAACAGGUCAUUUAAUUCAUGUUACUAUUUCGAGCAGUUUUCGAGCCUGUCUUUCUUGAUUAUUAGGUGUCCAAGGAGGAGACGAAAAAAGUUGAAGUGCUUCAUAGCAAUCUUGUUGAAACCCUUGUUGUAAAGAAGGAGGAGGUAAUGGGUGUUGAGGAAUCUUUAAAAACAACAGCUGAUGCACUCAAGAAACAGCUGAAGGACGAGGCACACGCUAGGACUGUACUACAGGUUAGAAAACUGUCAUCUAGACUGGUUACGUUUGGUUAGUGAAAAAUAUGUCGCUUGCGGGUACAUCGAGGGCGAUUCCGAGCUUGCAAUAUUAUUCCAUCUUGCCCGGCUAUGUAAAUUAUAGUAUCGGAGUUAAACAGGCAGAUAUAAAGAAAAAAAAAGAUGUAAAGAAAUGAGGUCUUCGUCGCCGUUUAACUGCUGUCCCACGAGCGGAUGUGGAGCAAAAAGUGCCUGAUGUUUGUCAGCGUGGCCAUGAUCACUCAUAAAAUGUGAUCCCCAUUAUUUGGAGGCAAACAGCAGGAGAAGCAGGGGUUGCACUUCCCCACUCACAACACAACGUCUACUCAGCAAAUUCUUUGUUAGAAUUCCGUAAUAUCACUAUAAUUAUUAUCAGAAGUUAAGCUGUCCGAAAUGUUUAACGUUUUUUGUUGAAUUAGGCAAGGAUCACUUCGGAUACACAAGAUCUUGCAAAGAGCCAUGUUGACUCUAAAAAGAAACGUGAGAAGGUACGUACUUUUCUGGUUAUUUGGCAGUUUUCCUUAAAAUAUUGUUACGUGUCUAUGCGUUUAAGUGUAACUGUUCUGUGCCAGUCGGAACUCAAUUAGUAAAACGGCCGUACGAAAGCUGUUCAUGAUUCAUGAGCAAACAGCACAUGGUUUUCUAAUAAAUGUGGUGUGAUGUGUGUAAACUAACUGCUUUUGUUACUUCUUGAUAUCCCUUCUGUAGGCAACCCAAAGGGCAGAUGAAAUAGUCAAGCUUGUAGAUAAUGUCCGAGAUCAGGUUUGUUGAAUGUUGUUCAGGUUGUUUGUUGCAUGUUCGUACAUACACCUUAAAUACCGUAUCAGUAAAAUCUCCCCCACUACAGAACUUAUAUAAAAUAGAUCCUACAUUUUAUGCUAGUAAAAAUAAACUUCCAAAUUCGCAAAUUGUUGAUGCUAGGAGCAUUUAUGACGUAAAGGACUUUAAAAUAAAAAAAGUGAUAUGAUUCUCAAGCAGACGUUAAGCCUUAUUUUUUUUCUUCUUCGUAUUCUUCUUUACUAUCGUCGCCUUUGUCAUCAAUUGUGCGUUAUGUUUUUUUUUAAUUAUUAUUUAUUUAUCAUUUGUUCAUUUACUCUUGGUUCUAUAAAGUUGACCCUGUUCUUUGUUGUUGGUUUUUUAUGUUAUAAUCCGUGUUUGUACUGAUUUAUUCUUUGCGGUAUGUUAACUCUCCUAGGUUUCAAAACUUGAAAAGAUUCACAACGAAAGGCAACAGGUAAAAUAGACCUAUUUUGAAACUUUAUUUUGGUGAAUGAUUUAUGAUUUAUUGACGGGCUUCGUCUGUCGGUUAAUAUAAUUGUCUUGUCCGUUUCAGACCAUUGCACAACUUGACAAGAUUUUAGAGAAAGUCGCACAACAGCACGAUGAAAUGGCGUCGAAAUUUCAGGGGGAAAUAGCAGAUUUAAAACCCAGAGAGGAGGAGUUGAAGGUUAGUUUUGUUUGGUUGUCUGUUUAACGUUCCACGAGGAAUAAUUGGCCUAAUUAAUGUCAAUGGUAUGAUAUUAAUAGUGUUAUUAAAUACAAUUGAUUACUACUAUUACUAGAAGUAACAAUAAUGAUAUUUAUAGCUACCUGUGAGCAUAAUCAACUGGAUUUUGGAUCUUUGUGAUUGCUAUGAGAAAUGAAACUUGCUAAUUGAUGUCUAUCAGAAUGGGGCUCGUCCCUACUGCGUUCCUCAAGGUACCUAAUUAGUAUCUUGGCGAUAUAUUAUCAUGAUUGAACUAUCGGUCUGACCUGAUCAGCCUCAACAAGACCGAGGUACUGUAUAUUCCUGCUGCAAACCCCACACCCGUGGAGCCAAACAUCAGCAUCGAUGACACGCCGAUGGCACCUGUCGACAGCUUCAAGUAGGCAGGAUCAUCUCAAACGACGGAUACCUGGAGGAAGAAAUUAAGUCCAGGAUCAGCAAAGCAAGCCAAGCGCUAGGGAGGCUGCGCACAAAGGUGCUCAAUCACCAUAACAUUUGCCUCUUUACGAAGCUAAAAGUCUACAGAGCUGUUAUCUUGACCUUUCUCCUGCGGUAUGGAUGCGAGACUUGGAUACUGUACCGCAGCCAUGUCAGUUCACUUCCAGACUGGGUUUGCAGAGCCACCAGCGAUGAUCCGUAGAUGAUCACACAACACGCAGUCUUCUUCGGACACGAAUGACAACCUUCGUAACGAUCUGGUUGUCCAACAGUAUGCAGGUUACGCAAAGCAUACAAAGAACUUUUAGUGACAACAAAUUUUCUUCCAAAAAGUAUACUUUUGGAGACCCAUUCUCGGACGGGAUCCUACGUGGGUCGACUUUUGGGUGAUCGCCUACAGAAGGUUGGACAGUAGUUCUAAAUAAGUAUAUCCUUAUGUUUCAUCUUUCAAGUAGCUUCUUUUUUGUAUGAAUUAUCGAUCUGGGGAGCAGGGGUGGCGCAAUAGUUAGAGCACUCGCCUUCCGCCAAUGUGGCCCCGGUUCAAAUUCCGGCGUUGACGCCGUAGGGGCUUGAGUUUGUUGUUGAUUUUCUCCUUUUUCUCCGUGUACUUCGGUUUUUCCCUUACCUCAAAAACCAAGAUUUUUAAAUUCCAAUUUGACCAGGAAAAAUGAAGACGAUAACGAAGAACCACAAUAUGGAUGCACUACCUCUAGCUUUUUCGCUGCCACGAAAAUCAUACCGGAUAGGGCUGUUCACAGACGACAAUGGUUGUAGCGGCGCGACUUCUGUAAAGGAGCGAAAGCUGCGCCGCGUUGAUCUCGAAAGUGGAGCGUCACAUAUCGGAUAGCUGGUUUUGCGCCUUUUUUGGUGCAGUGUGAACACCUAUUCGACCCAUCGCGGAAGUAAAUAAGUAGGAGCGAGGCCAGGAACCCACUGAGACGGAAGUAAAUAUUGAGGAGUGAGGACUGGAAUUAAGUACACCAAACCCUCUCGGCCAACCGUGCCGGCACGAUGUACGACAUGUGUAUGAAAUAUAGUACAUGUAUCUAUCUUUAAUUAAUAUGUUUAUAGCAGCGCGUCACUGUUUGUUCCUCUUGUGUUGUUACAGAAGGAAACCAUGGAACUUACAAAACGCCUGGAUCAUAUCACGUGGAAGUCGGAGAUGAUGGAAAAGAAAAUGGCUGACAUGGAGUCCUCGACUCAAAUGAUGAAUAAAGCUAUAGCUACAACACAGGAGUGCAUUAAUGAUCUUAAGUAAGUUCACUGUCUUUUAUCAGAUACCCAGAUGGUGCGCAGGCAAAUGAAACAAAUUUGUUGCCCAACUGGUUCUGGGAGGAGGAGGAGGGGGGGGGGGUACUCAACAAAUGUUUAUACAGGGAGGCUCCGCCCCGAGGUCCAACCCCUUACCCUUUCAUAUACCAUUUUUCACGAAAAAGGUAGCCCUUUUGUAUUCCUUCUAUUGACAAAUGAUACCGCUUUGACAUACCCUGUUAACUGCUGUAAAUGCACCGUCUUUUAAAUAGGAAUCCAUCACAAAAAUAGAACAUUUUCUCGAUUUUUUAAAGAAAAUUUCUGCACCUUUUAACCCAAAUAACAGCUGUUUUAAUACAACGUCUUUUUCAAUACCUGAAUCCAUCACAAAUCCCCUAUAGGCCAUCAUAUGGAGUAACCCCCCACCCCACCGGGAUUGGUUACCCACCAGUUUUUUUUAUUUUUUGUUAUUUUCUAGCUAGGCAUUUAAAAGGGCGGGCGGGCGGGCGAAAACACGCCACGUCGGGGGGCUUCACCAUUUGCUAAGGCUGGAAAAACUGGAGCAUACAGGUGAAACAAGUUAAUUAUCCUUCACGUAAAAUGUCAACUGAGUUUUUAUGAUGUGUUGCUUUUCAGUGACGAAAUGACAGAGUUGAAAAUACAGAUAGAAACUGGAUUCGAGACUGAGCAAGACUUAAAGAAAUCUUUGCUUCAGCUUGAAGGUAAUGAUGUCUAGCAUAUACUUCCUGAACAACGUCACAGUUUGUCCGCGUUGCCUCGAGAACUGCUGCAUCCGGGGACUACAUUACAUAAAAUACAUGUAGCUCAAACGUUCUGAAAAAUGCUAUGGGUUUAAUCCAUGUAGUUUCCACUCAACCACUUCUGGCUGCACUGAACCAGACAUGCUGUUGGUUAUUUUCCCUUUCAGAGCGAACAAGCCGUGGAAAAGAAAGUCAUGAGUUGCACAUGUGUGAAAGAAAUACAGUGUUAACAACAAAUCAAGUAAGAAAGAUGAAUGAUAUGUACCAAACACGACAUCAGCUCAGUGUUUGUAUUCGAUAUCCCUGACACACUGAGAAGUGGAUCGUAAAAAAACAAGGCGUAGCCGUGAUGUUUAACUGACGUCUUCGGCUUAGUUCAUGCGGCACCCGACGAAUUUUCCGGAAGUGACGGGUCACUUGGUUCAUACGGGACCGUUCAACAUUUUCGCUGUGUUCACACGGAACUUUAACCGGCUAGGCGUCUAAAUUUUCGUACAGUUAAGGUGGUUCCGUAUGAACGAAACAGCUUAACGCACGAAUUUUCAACUGGUCGAAAAUUCGUCUGGAUUUCGCAUGAAGCAUUGCGUCGACGGGUUGAUAUAACUUCUCAAUUAAUCAACUGCCUUCCUUAAGUGCAAUUUCAGAUUCUAGGUUGUUAAUGAUAUAUGAAAUAAAUCAUAUAUGAGCUGCGGAAAUCAAAUGAAAACGAAGAAGUGAUCGUCGCAGUGAACACAAUUUAUGCAAUUGCGUAAAGAAGCCUGAAAAAAAAAAAGAAAAAAUAUUCACGGGAACAUAUGAACCCACAACUGACCUGCUCCCAACAUCAGUGGCUUCAUAACUCAGUUGGUAGAGCAUCGCACCGGUAUUGCGAGGUCACGGGUUCAAACCCCGUUGAAGUCCGGAAAUUUUUUCAGGCUUCUUUACGCAAUUGCAUAAAUUGCGUUCACUGCGACGAUCAUAUCUUCAUUUUCAGAUUCUAGUUUAGUAACUAAAUGUUCUAUUUCAUUACGUUAGGCUGGAGUGACGACCGCCUUGAGUCAAAACAAAAAGUUGGCGGUAAUUUAUCAAAAAUUACAAAACACAUUUCUCAACAACAAAGCUGCCUUGCUGCGACUUGUUGAAAGAAGAGUUAACAACGAAGGAAGUUUGAAGGACCACAGGGAAGUAAGUUAAAUCCUUUAUUAUAAUAUCCCUUCGUUCCAAAUUUGAAAUGAAGCAAACAAAAAUAAUUAAGGACCGGAUUACUUCUCUAACCUGCAUAGGCUAGCCCUAAAAACUACUCGUUCCUCUUGAGUUUUGACGUCAUUUCUUUUCGAAAUUGUUAACGUAAUGAAAAGCACCCUGAGUGUCGCGAUGAUCAAAGCCAAAUCAAUUGCUCGACUGGCCUAUCACAGCACUCCAAGGCACCAGUCAUUCCUGAGCCAGGUCAUGUAACAUACCGCAAUCACGGAAACAUGCGUACCAGCAAAUCAUUAGCCUGCGUAGCUGGUGGGAUUGUUGUGCCCGGGUUUCUUUCUUGGCACCAGAGCCGCGAGGGAUUUGACUUGCUCCCAACUUUCACGCGACUUCAAAGCCAAAAAAAACUACACCACCAGCAUACUAAUCCCGCCAGCUACGCGGGUUUACAAUAUCAUGAUUGACCUUUGAUUGGUUGAGAAAGUGCUGGAAAAGAAUUGUAGCGGUACAAGACUAGGCUGGGUGGCAGGCGUUUGAAGGGAAAGGGAAAGUGGGAAUAAAGCACGCUUCCGAGAACACGAUAGCGACCCUUCAUGUACUCACUCUCUCCUGCGAAACGACUCUAGUGGUUUUCACAUGACGUCACUAAAAUUCAAACUAAGAAACUAUUGAUUCUUCUGAGUUUCUGAGUUUCAUGAGGUAUUACAGCACCUAAACACCUUUAUUUAAAGAGAGUUUUGGUUCGAAAGGGUUCUUCGUUUUGCGAUAGAGGACGUUUGAAUUUCUAGGCUUUUGCGUGACGCGGCAUUUAGCUGGCGGCCACAACGGCUCUUAUGUGGGUUAAAAACAUUACCAAUUUUGGGAGAUUUUGCUGUCUAAACAUUCCUUGUCUCAGAAUAAAUAUCACUUUAAUAGUUUAUGAGUUUUUCAAGCGAUGAAUUAACGCAUUAGUAGGAAAACUCAAAAACAGAUGUUUCUGUUGGUUUCCGGCGGCCAUAUUUGUGCCCCGCAAAGGGACACAAACAUGGCGUCUCCAUACAAAGCUCUCUAAAUUUGGGUAAAACGUUUUUCCUAAUAUCUCGCAUAUGAAAUAUCGCACAGACCUGAUUCUUGGCGAGGCCUUUUGCUUAUUUAUCUUCUUUUAUUUCCUAGAUUCGGGACCUUCUGUAUUGAAUGGUUUGCAAUUUUAUUUUUGAUUGCGUGACAGUGAAAACCGAGAAUUAGGAGAGACGGCUGUUUUCGCAGGCAACGCUUUUGCUUGCCGAGUGAAAAAACUUGAGAACGGUUUAAGUAAAAAACGAAGCUUUUUAUUCCCCGCGGCGUUAACGUGGCUGGUGCUUGAUAUCGGUCAACUACUUUUGAACUAAGAAGUAACUUCAUCUCUCUCUUUCUUUCUCAAUUUUUUUAGCUGUAUGUCCUGCAAGGUCGCAUGCGUGAAGCUCUCGAGUAUUUUUAUCGUCUGCGUGGCUUACAAAGCAGAGCGGACAUUGCUGACUUCGAACUGAAGUGCGUCACAAAUGGAGAUAAGUUGGUGACUUUACAGUCUGAAAUGAUGAGAGUCAUCGAACAUAUUAAUCGCUUCCUAGAAGCAAACAAUGCUGCUCAUGAUAUUAUCUCAAUGGAGGCUGCAAAGAUUGCACAAACACCGGCGACCAAUGGUACUCUUGUUUCUUAAAACAUGGCUUUGGGCAGUUUUCAAAUCAAGAAGUCCACUUUACUGUACAUAGACCUUGAGAAAAAGAUACAGUGUAAACGAAUUUAUGACCGCAGGAGAUAUUAAAACAUUUACAAACUGAUUACACCAAGAGUACAUUAGAGAGUUUUUGCUUAAUAAAGUCUUUAAGGAUCUUUACCAAAAAAAGUCUGAUGUGCUCAGCUGUUACCGCAUCUUAGCGAAGUGGUGGGGUUAACUGUUACGACCGUUACAAAUCAGUGUUUCUUCCACCCUAAACGUCCAAGUGCUUACAGGAAACAUUUUUCAUGUUUUUGAAAUUUCAUAAAACUUUAUUUUUGCCAGAGCUCGCUGGCUCGCAGAUCUAUCAAAACUCUUCUGACCCUUCCGCGGAAAGCAAAGCGCAACAGCUCAGUAAACCAGAACAAGCAUGCUUUAUCUAGCAUAAAUAUUUAGGAAAAAAGGACUCACAAAUUUUCAGCUCUGAGUAUCAGGGUAAACGUCUUUUUAAAAUACGGUAUCAUUUUUUUUGUUGUUGUUUGUUUUUUUCGAUUUUCGCCGGCGUUACUAUCACGUGGGGUGAGUAUCGGGUGCAAUUAUCGCGUGCAUGGUAUUAAUCAUGUGACAGUCACGACUCCCAGUCUGCGCCACUGGUCGCGUACUGUCUGCAUCAUGGCGUUUUGGCUUGUAGUCUUCUUGUCUUCCCUUUCCACUACGUUUGGAAAGUCCGUUCCCUUGAGAGAUUUGCCUCCAAGAUGGCCGACUGCCUAUUCGGUUUCUGGAGUUCUUCGCUUGCCUUACGCUGAAAUCGUGGAACCAUUUCAAGCCUGGUUUGACGCGCCAAAUAAAAGGAGCAGAAUAGAUUACUACGGAGGUAAAAUUAAAUGAUAGUUCUAACUUUUGAAUCAACCAAAUUACGGUGAUAUAGUGUCUAUUAUUAAAUUAAAGGUCAGUAUUUGAAGCUCAGAGCUUAUACUGAAGAAGGGCAUUUUUUCCCCUCCGUAAUAGUGUUAUAAUCGUGACACCAUUUUAUAAAAUUCUUUUAUGACAAGCUUAAGAGUGGUUGUCAGAGAAAACCGGGCAAAAUGUUAAAAAUGUCAACGGAAGGGGGUCAACAGAAUAAGUUCAUACUAACAUCAUAGAUAGGUCUGGUGGAGUAAUGGACAAAUAUACCAAACAUAGGUUCUUCACUGCUCUUGUAUUAGAGAUACGAGCAUCACUUUAUUCGACCCCCUCGGACGCCAUUUUUGUAAGCAAGUUUUCACCAUUUUCUGAAACUCACAGAACCCUCCAAAUUUAACGAGCGAAGUUUAUUUUUUUGUAUGCGAUACAACACAUCACAGAACUACUUUCUAAAACCAUAAGAUUUGUUAAGUAUCCACGGACAAGACUAACAUUUUCUUAUUUUAUCUGACCUACACUCAGUGUCUGCAAAAGAGCAAAAAAUCGGGCAUUUUUGAAUUGAUCUACAGCACACAACUAAAACGACAGAACAACUCUGACAGCCAAAUUGCAGUCUACUAUCAUCCAUGUAACCAAAACACUAAUAAUCAUUUUGGGCCAUUGAAACAGGAAGAAAUUAGAAAACUCACAUUUGUUAUAGUUUCCAAGCUUUUUCUUGUAAACAAGCCGAUCCCUUCGUGUUUGUUUUAAGACCUCUUCGUGAAUUUUCCUUCCCAUGUCGCUGUAAAGUAUGUUCAGCAGCUGAAGGACAUACCAAAAAGCUCGAAAUACUGCUCAAGUUACAUUUUGAAAGGGCAAAAAGUGCUAAACGAUAGGAUGAAACUAGAAAAUAACAAAGCGACGCCAUCUUGAAAAUUCAGCACUCAGGAGGGACUGGCACUAGUAGAUGCCUUGUCCACAAGUGAAUUACCAAACAAAUAAAAAACAAAAACAAACAAACCGGCUUAUCAGCGACCUAUUACAGUCCUAUUUCUUCUUCAAUUACUACUUUUAGUUAAAUUGUUGUCGUUUUUUUUUUCCGGCGGAGUGAUGGGGUGUGGUGAACAGGUGACCAAUUGACAGUACUUUAUUCAGUCUUCAUUUGCUCUUCAUUCACUUCAUUUUGAGUUAUCCCAUAUAAGUCUUAGCGUUUCUUUGGACUCUUUAUUGUAUCAUUUAUUUUUGCGUCAGUCUUCAAUCACCGUGCAUGUCCGAAGGUCCACUUAUCUCCUGUUCAUGAUUUCAGGAUGCACAGUUUCAUAGUCCGGAAGGCUUCGCCCGAAGGGUACCUCUUUCAGGCAUCAGGUGUAUCAAAGGGUAGCUAGGAAAUCACAAGUUGACGUAUGUGAAAGGAGAGGAAAAUCUUUCAUUAAGUAUUUUAAAGAGCCUAUUAUUAAAAUGCUUCGAAGAAACACGCCUUAUGGCAAUAUCAUUUACAUGUUAAGGUUACUCGAAAAUGACCGGAAGACCUCUUUUCUUACCGAUUUAUUCUCACGAAGCAGAUAUAAAGGGUUCAACUUUUUAAUGGAAGAUACAAGAAAGGGGUACCUUUCGUUAAAAAUAGUAUAUUUAAGGGUAAGGGACUGGACCUCGAGGCGAAGCCUCUCCGAACAAAGCUUUAUUGAGUAGCCUCCCACCCCUUCCCCACUCCCGCGGCCCUUCUCCCUAGAGCUUUUCACAAGUUGCUCGCCAACGUUUUGGCAACUUGUAGUAUUUCGAGCAACUUUUUUCGUUUCAAGCAACUUUUUGCAUAAUUUCUGAGCAAUUUCUCUUACUAGUUUUCUUGCAAUUCUGAGAUAUCUGAGCAGCUUUCAGUGCUUAAAUUGGCCUUGCUUUCAUAUUGCACAGUGUUUUAGUAGACAAUUUAUGAAUUUCCUAUGAAAAAGGAGCCAGAUCCUCAACCCUUGGGGGCAGAUGAUGGGCGCAAGAUGCAGCCAGGCUGUUAGGUCAGAGGUUUUUUGAACAAAAUUCAAAAUGGCGGACGUCGAUUCACACUUGACUGACACGAGUGUCUGAGGUGAAGAAGGUCAUUCAACAAUUUUAAUGGCUCAUACUAGAAUUUUUAGAAGAUUAAUAUUAAUAUUGAUGUGUAGUCUUUACUCAUACAUUUUUUUUAAAUUGUGGUUUACGGGCUCCUGAUGGCGGACAGAGUUAACUAACAACGCUAAUUACGCUGCAAAAUUGCACAAAUGUGUGAUUCGCGCGCGCUUUUUUUGCAACAGCGCCGUGGACAGGAUUAACAAACGAAAUGCCGUUCGAAAUUACCUCCGCAGCAGAUGAAUAAAUUCCGUUUCUGUCAUCAUUGCCUCCUCUGAAUUUAAGGCAAGACCUUGACAAUUACUCUAAAUGUGAGGACUGUGAACAUGAUUCUGCUUGUGUUAAAUCCCGUAGUGAGAGUGUUUUUGACAAAUCCAGUGACGAAGAGAUGUAGGAGAUGUCAAAACUCGAGUUAACACUCAGACCCCUUUUAAAAAUUUUUGAACUGCCAAAAACUUGCAUGGAUCCGCAUUUUUCUUUACAUGCGACUCGCGGAACCGUAAAGUUUUUGAGCUGCAAACAGUACUGCAAUCUAUGGAGAAUUUGCACGUUCCCUCUAAACGGGUUCGUCCGGACCCGUGGCGUUAAGCCCGUGUGGACCGUGGAAAGAGCAUACUGAAAAAGAAGUGAGCAGGAAAAACAAUGAGGGGAAGGGAUACGGAGUGAAGCCGUAGGAACUCCUGUUAUGGUACUUUUUAACAAAAGCUCCUUCCGAAUCCUUCCAGUAAACCAGAUUCUGGUAAGCCCUUUGAAUGGUUUAUUUUGACAGCUCUUGUCAACAGUCUAUUACCUUAUGGAAAUGCGAAUUGAUAGCGAUGAGAUCAUCAGUUAGAAGGCUUACUUUCAAACCCGGGGGGACUCCGCAUACGGUUCCGCGGAGAAGUUUUGCCUUUCAAGGGGCUCUAGUUUAAUAUACGUUACCUCGGCAUUUGAGAAAUUUAAUUUCUCGGUUUCUUUUUAAGAGUAAUUUAAAAGAGUUUUUCAAUAGUAUUCCAUAAUUCACAACUCUUUUCAGUCUUAUAAGUCAAUAAUUUUUACAGAUUUUGAUUUUUGAAUCUUAGAUUUCGUAGUGUUAUUUUAUUUUCCUCUUUCGAUUUUCUUUUUUAGUUUUUAGCUAUUUAUGAGAUAAUUACAGGACCCUUUUGAUAACAGUUCUUUUUAUUAGAACUGAUAGGUUAUCCUGUAUAAAUAUUCGCGUUAUUAUUACAGUCUCAGGUGUGUAUCGUUGGAUUCAGUAAAUUGAUGCUCGUCGGAAAUUUUGAAUUAAACCCCUAAAGGAGACCGAUCUGGGCGUGACCCAAGCUUUUUUUGAUCCCUGAAAGAGACCAUGUUAAAACACAGACAAAUGAGAAAACUAGGAUGAUAUGAAUGGAGUAAAUAAAACGAAUUAAAAAUAUACAUAUCAAAUAUAUAUUUUUAUCUUUUUUCGCGUGCAACCCUAAACGAGACCUUCACGGCUAAAUAUGAUGGCGUUUUGCCCAGAACACCCUAAAUGAGACCAAAAUCCGAAAUUUACACCCCAAAGCGAGACGACGAGCAUCCCCACCCCUUUCAAAUGCGGAGUCCCCCCCCCCCGGGCUUUCAAAAAUUACUUCGUCCGCUGUCUAGGCCGCUUUGCGGCCUAAAAUGCCCGCUCCGCACGCGGAUUUUUUUAUUUUAGGUGAUAAAAAUUAUUGCAAAUUUUACAGCAAGCAAUAUCCACUGCCCGUAGUUAGCCCGCACGCUUAGAAACUCGCGAGGUUGAUAUAUAGCAAGCCUAGCUAGCUUCCAUAAGAGCGACGUUAAGUGAUUCAUAAAGAGACAAAAUAGAUCUUUAAUAUUAUCUACAUUCGCGGGACACCUAGAGAUGAGAAGGGAAUGAAGCAAUGCCAGUUAAUCACCUAUUAACCUGCGAUCAGGCGUUCUUCUUGUUUUUUCCUUUGAAAGAAAAACAAGCUAAAUUCAACUAAAAGAAGUAAUUGAAGAAGAAAUAAGACUGGCGUAGGUCGCUGAUAAGCUGGUUUGUUUGUUUUUUUGUUUUUUAUCUUACUGGUAGCUACAGGAGCCCAUAGGCUCCUGGUAAUAGUUCGUAAUAGCCAACGUACGAUAAAGAAACUUAAUUCUUACAUGAAUCCGAGGCUUUCUGGUUACAUUUCUGUAUUAGGUUUGGUUUUCUAUGUGCUCAAGUCUCUUUUGGGAAUUACGAGACAAUUGAGUCGUGAAAACUUUGCAAUUUUUGUCCUUACGCAGCUACUAGUGCCAGUCCCUCCUGAGUGCUGAAUUUUCAAGAUGGCGUCGCUUUGUUAUUUUCUAGUUUCAUCCUAUCGUUUAGCACUUUUUGCCCUUUCAAAAUGUAACUUAGGCAGUAUUUCGAGCUUUUUGAUAUGUCCUCCAGCUGCUGAACAUACUUUACAGCGAAAUAUGAAGGAAAAUUCACGAAGAGGACUUAAAACAAACACGAAGGGAUCAGCCUGUUUACAAGAAAAAGCAUGGAAACUAUAACAAAUGUGAGUUUUCAAAUUUCUUCCUGUUUCAAUGGCCCAAAAUGAUUAUUAGUGUUUUGGUUACAUGGAUGAUAGCAGACUGCAAUUUGGCUGUCAGAGUUGUUCUGUCGUUUUAGUUGUGCGCUGUAGAUCAAUUCAAAAAUGCCCGAUUUUUUGCUCCUUUGCAGACACUGAGUUUAGGUCAGAUAAAAUAAGAAAAUGUUAGUCUUGUCCGUGGAUACUUAACAAAUCUUAUGGUUUUAGAAAGUAGUUCUGUGAUGUGUUGUAUCGCAUACAAAAAAUAAACUUCGCUCGUUAAAUUUUGAGGGUUCUGUGAGUUUCAGAAAAUGGUGAAAAUUUGCUUAUAAAAAUGGCGUCCGAGGGGGUCGAAUAAAGUGAUGCUCGUAUCUCUAAUACAAGAGCAGUGAAGAACCUAUGUUUGGUAUAUUUGUCCAUUACUCCACCAGACCUAUCUAUGAUGUUAGUAUGAACUUAUUCUGUUGACCCCCUUCCGUUGACAUUUUUAACAUUUUGCCCGGUUUUCUCUGACAACCACUCUUAAUUAUUUUUGUGUGCGUACUCUAAGAAAAAUCAUGUUCACAAACUGUCAAAACAAGUUUAUCCAUCAAAAAUGUCUUUUUCAAUCCUUCAUAUUAAAUGGCAGGGGGCCGGGAGCUGAGGGGAGUUUUGUCGAGGCGGGGGGGUCAGAGGGGAACUGCUUACCAAAAUAGAGGAAACCAAGCGUACAUUGUAUGUAACUAUUUAUUACAGUCAAACCAAGUCAAGCGUACCCCUCAAGAUUCUAUCAGUGAAUUGAUUAUUUGAAAAAUGAAGCCGUUAGUCGUCCCCGUAACUGCGUAAUGAGCAGUGAAUAUUUUACGAAAACUUCUCUGUAUUUAGUCAGAAUGGAAAUCUUUCAAUGGAUUAAGCUUCUUAGAAGACAUUUACAUCAAUUUCAGGAAAAUGGAGCUGGUAGAAAUUUCAUAACUACCUCGCGUGUGAAUUCACGGCUCAUCACAAAUACAAGAAUGCAGAGAUCAAUCUGAAAUCUACAACUAGCAACGGAUUCAACUUUUGAAUAAUAAAUUCAUUAUUGGAUUCUUGGGGGGUACGCUUGACCUGGUUUGACUGUAACCUUUGCAAGAAACAAACAAAUGAUGCUUCUGUCUUAACAGCGGUAAGCUAAUUCUAAAGUGGGCCUUCAGCAUAUUGUAAAACAAUUCCUUUAGUGGUUAUUGGGUACAGAGGUGUUUUUUCAGGAAUGAGAGGGAAGGGGAGAAAUAAGGAAACGCUUGCCUGCAAACCCUAGAUUUUGAAAAACAACUGUGUUCGUGUACGAACGCGGCUUCUGAUUGGUGUGGUGUCAGUAAUGUUGACUGAAUAGCGAUCAAUGCAUCAAUCAAACCAGGUAUGUUUUGUUGUGCAUCGCAGAUCUGGUCUGAUAAUGAUGAGAUCUCUAGUCGCAGAUUAUAAAUGCCUUUUGGACUGAUAUUUAUUUGAAUCAUGUUAGUGCAAAGGCUUAUCAGAUCUGAGCUGAAAGGAGGUUGUUUUUUCACCCCUUCAAAGAAUAAUUGGAGAUUGAGCAGUGGAGACUAGUAAAGGCUAAUUUAUUGGGAAUGGCAGCAUGCGGAUCUGACUGGAAAAAUUGGACUGUUUGUUGGAGAUAACAUAGCCCCUUUCGGUUUGCAUGCGGGCAGGCGUUUCCUCUUCUACCCCCCCCUACCUUGCAUUUGUUUUGCUCUUACUCCAACUUUUGUGGAAUAACUCAUCUGGAAACACUUGCUAUGCAGGCUGCAUGAAUUAUUGAAUGUGUACUGGAUGAGGGCCGACAGCCAAUUUCUCCCAUUAUUCUUUAAAUGUCAUCUCUACAUGACCUGCAGUGUUUUUAACCGUAGCACCAAAUUAUCUCAAAUUGCAUUUCCGGUGUAUGACAUUUGCAGACUGCAGACCGCAGACUGCAGACUGCAUGAGGCAGCAAGACUGUAAAUUGAAUGAAACCAAAAAUAUCGUAAUAAAGGUAGCAUCAUCAUCAACAUUACCUUGUUCUAAGAAGUACAUGUAAGGCCUAGAAGCGAAGUUUAUAUUUUUCACACAAAUUAACUCCGACCUGAUUCCUGAAGGAGUUGUUGGCUGAUUGAAUUAGAGCAGAAUAAUGUCUGCCAAUUUCACAAACUCGCUCAUGAAUCCGUAGCAACAGGCUAGCAAUUUAGCCUGCACCACAGAGGAAACUAAACUCUGGUUAUAUAAGUCUGUCUGUGAAACAGCGCUGGAAUCCCUAUUCUGCGGGGGGCCCACCUGUGUACUAGGAUUUGAGUAUGAGCAAUGAUUGGCCUGUUAAAAAUGCCAUUGUUGAUUUGCCUAUUUAGAAAUUCAAAAUGCACUUCCGGUAAUUCGUGAAGUCCAAGUAGGAUCUGUUCGGUUUAGAUUAUUUGGUGUAUCCUUAAAUACUACUUAGAUGAAAUACGUCAUUAAAAAGGUGUUAAAUGCCCGUGAUCUAUCCUAAAUGUUUUUGUCGACGUAACUGUAGUGAGCAUGAAGUGCUCACAAUCUAAACACUUUUUUUGACAGAAGACUACUAUUUAGACAGGCAUUAGUGAGCAUUGCUACUUGUCAUUAUCAAUUCACAAUAAUCAAAGAAGAAUGAAGAAUCAAUGGGUGAGUCAAUAAAGAGUCGCGUCGGUGAAGAAUAGCCAACAGCAUCUUGGAAAUGAGGCCAAUGUAACUUUGCGCAAAAAUAUCAAACUUGUUCCCAGGCUACUUUCUCACUUUCACACGAUGUUAUAUUUUUAAUGGUGCACCUUUAUUAGGAAGAUUUUUGGUGUCUUUUAAUUUACAAUCUGCAAUCUGUGGUCUGCAGUCUGCAGUCUGCGGUCUGCAAAUGUCAUACACCAGUGGUAGUGUUGGUAGAGUAUUGUACCUCAAUGUAUGAUAGUUUUUCUGUAGAAAAUGUAGAUAGGGGUGACAGCCUGGCUAUCAGAUGUCAGUAAGCUGAAAGGCUUUCUGUAUUCUCUUUUGCCAUUAGCCACUUAAAAUGGCUUCCUAUAUCAUCAUUGCCUCUAUAUAAGUAAGGCAAAUUUCAUGGGUGAAUUAAAAUUAAAGCAAAUGAGGAAGAAAUAUUGACUUUCUCUAGGGAUGGACAGCACAAUUCAGAGAGCUGAUGAGAAGCCGUAUGGUGUAAAUUACAGGAUAUGUCCUGAAACCACAGAAACCCAAAUGAAUGUUCGCCGCUGUUUUGCAGUCAAUGGCUCAGAGGCUGCACCCACUGCAAUACAGACAGUUUUACCUGAUCUAACUGAUUUUGAGGUACUUAAAUAUUUUUCUCUUGCUGUUUUGCUUGUUUAUCCACUGUACAGUAUAGUAAUCAACAGGCAUAAUGGUUCAAGUGUUUUCUAACAGGCCCUAGUAAGUGCUAUGCACCAGGCCCUAGUUGUUCAAUCAGUGGAUAACACUAUCCAGUAGUGGCCAUGGAUAAAUCUAUAUCCAGUGGAUAAUGCAGUAGUUUCACCAGUACAGUCAGUCCCCGUUAAUAGUGGAGCUCCACACACGUGUGAGCAGAGCCCCAUACCCAAGAAAAUUUGGUAAUCUAUCCAUCCGGUAAAUUUUGGUAAUCACAUGACCGUACAUCCAUCCACACCACAGGGCAACCAAUGUGAAAUGUCAAACUUUCUAGCUAGUGUGGGCUGCCUGUAAUCUGUGUUAACUUGAUGAUAGACAUCCAUAUUAAGGUCAAUUGACAGCUGUCAUGUGACCAGCGUCACAUGACUGUAUUGUGGGCUCAGGUGACAAGUCAUUGAGGUCACAUGUUUUUUUUAAGCUUUCUGCUGACUAGUUCUGAGCUUUUAAUAUUGAUCGCAGGCUCAAGUUUACGUUUUUCAGUCAUAUGGUUCUCCCCUAAAGUUAUAUAGAUUUGUGGAUUUCUUUGCAAUGGGUUAAAGUCCAUUGCCUGAAGUAAAUUUUAAAUGCAUAAAUGGGAGCUCCACUUUUCGCUCUGGCUAAAUCUAUUUAGCAUACAUAACUAAGUGUAUAUAACUUUGCUUCUUAUGUAACUCAAGGCCGUUGUAGGUAAAGCAAUUCCUUUAACUUAAAAUUCCUAUUUGCUAAAUGUCUGCAGUUCAGGGCCUCUUACUUUAAUAGGAUUGUCAAAUGAUGGAACUUCAGUAAGGUUGUAAGUUUGUGCCCCCGGGGGCUUGUGCUCAGAAAUUGCCCUCAAAUUCAAAAUUAUAAAACAAAGACAAACAUGUACGGUAACACAUAAACUUUUGCAUUUGCCAAAAAACGCAUACAGCAGCAUACUGUGCCACUUUUUGACUGCAAUCAUUUGGCUCUCGUAAUAGUUCACUCUUCAGUCUUUGCUUGGAUUUCCUUGGUCCAUAUAUAUAGACAAAUUAAAGUACUUGCAUGGCUGAGAUUUGGAAAGAUCUACGCCUUCAAGGCGAGUUUCAGUAAUAACUUGGUGCUAAGCUAGCCCAGUGGAUUUUGAGAUGCAUAUUUCCCUCCCAGUAUAAGCCUAGACAAUUUUGAAAUGCUAAUUUCCCUCUGUAUGUAAGUCCCUCAAAAUUAAAAAAGGGCCUUUGAAAAAUAUAUAAGCCCUGGGUCUAAUAUUUUCGGAAUUUUACAAUAAUUCUUUUGAGAUCACUUCGUGUAACAAUAUCUUUGUCCUCAAUCUCAUGGAGUAGUGACUUUGUGAAUAUUUACCCCAUUUUCUUUGUAGUUUGCUGGCUACAAGUCAUGUGGAACAAGCAACUGUUCUUUGUGGAUCUACAGAAAAACUGAGGGGUACAAGGAAAACACAUACACCAUGUACACAACACCUACAACCAAUCCUGUAAAGCCUGUUCAUUAUGAAAUGCUUGGAUAUGACACCCUUCUGGGCUCUCACUAUGAUAAAUAUGAAAUGGACUUUGUAGAUUACUCUGAUGAAAUGCCACCUCCUGAUGUAUUUGAUGUCCCUGAAGGUAUGGAAUAUUGUUAUUUUUUGCUGCCAGUGCACAAAUAAUUGUAGAAGAAAGAUGAUACUUUUCCAUUUUAGGUGGUGGGUUAGGGUGGCUUUAAAGAGGAAAGUGGCAACAGGGACUAAUAUUAACCCUAUUCACUGUUCAACUUUCCAUGUAAAAUAUCUCCAUGGAAUUCGAUGUGCUAAUCCUCCGUGGAAUUCCAUGGAGUAUUUGUGGAGGUAUUUUACAUGGGUUACCAUGGUGGUCAGUUUCCAGUGGAUAAGGCUUUUGCAAAUUCUGCUUUUUACAAACUUUGACUCAUGAAAGAGCUUUUUAGAUUUGCCUCAGAAACAGCAGUUAAAGUCAUCAAGUUGCAAACAAAGCUGUUGAUAGUUUUGUAUUUUCAGUUUGUAUCAAUAAUAGUGUUAUUCAGGUAGCAAAGCUUGAAGCUUAAAAGUUUGUCUGAUUUAAAGGUUAGUUAGAAGUAUAGAAACCCAUCUUCUUGAAGCCUGUGACUAGGUUGACGUCAGUGAUCUCAUGUCUCUAUAAGGCAUUCACUGACACUUUCCAACAGUUGACUUGCCAUACUGGCAAAAAGCAAUUUACGAUGCCUUCAUGCUUUUUGAAGUUUGAGAGAGUCACUGUUCUGCCAUUCUGUUACUUGUGUGUAUUUUUGCUUUAUACAUACCCCUCGCCAGCUCAGCUGAGGUGGCAGGGUGAUGAAUUCAGUUUUGAAGUACUGUCAUAACCUUAAUAUUAUUAUUCAUUCAAAAGAUUUCUCCAUUUCUGAUUGGCUAAAAGCACACGCAUAAUUCAUCAUAAAGAGCUACUGUUGACCAAAUUUGGAAAGAAGUUUGUUGUAUUGAACCGGUGAUGUCUAAAGUGCAGCCAAAAAUGUAGAUUAUUGAACCGUUAACCCAGAAAACCUGGGACAAGGUUAAGUUGUUUUGGUAGUGAGAACAAAAUGGCUGAACAGUCAGCCAAACAUUUUACUCAUUUCAUGGUGAAGUGCUGUCUAAAAUCAUAGCAAGAACAGCAAGAAGACACCUUGACGAACAUCUGCUAUUCGGAGUAUAUUUGCAGACCUGAACAGACCUUAAUUUAUCUCCUAAAGUUGCCAAUAAAGAUGCGCUAUCCACAUGAACUUAACAUCGACCAAGGUAGGCACAUUUAAGCUUGUUUUUAAACUUGGAAUUAUUUUGAAUGAAUAAUAAAACAAUUAUUGAAUUUGGCUUUCGUAGGAUAUGAAGAAUUCUGCAGAUCUUGGCGGGUGUUAUCCACCUUGCAGAAUUCUUCAUAUCCUACUCAGGCUCAUUCAAUAAUUGCUAAAUAUUUCUCAGUCAAUAACUUAAAGAUUAUACCCUUAUUUAUUUAUUUAUUUAUUUAUUUAUUUUAUUUAUUUUAUUUUAGGAAUGACAUGCACAGGUUUCCCUGGUCCUGGAUCUAUGUCAAGCCUGUUAGCUAAUCCCAUGCAAGAAUUCAUUGAGCCCAAUGGCCAGGAGAGAGUCCAUGAAAUGUUUGAACACUUCCUGCUUAAGUUUCCCAAAAGAUAUGCCAACACAGUGGAUAGGAAAGAGCACAACCAGCGCAGAGACAUCUUCAGGCAAAACUUGAGGUAACUAAAAAUUAACAGAAUGCUGUUAAAAAAGCGUUAAGUCUUGCUUGCUUGGAGACUAGAUAAGAACUGAGGAGGCGAUUAAUUCUACAGUUAACAGGAUUUCCUUGAUGAAAGUUUUUCACUUCCUAUUUGUCUGAACAAGGAUAGAUUUGACUCCUCAGUUGGCAAUAAAUUAAGUCUGUAUAAUGACGUGAAAAACGAAGUCAUAUUUGAACCUUAUCUUGAUUUAAAAAAUAACGUUAAGACAAGAGUGGCAGAAACCAAAAUGCGAAUUUCUUGCCACUUGCUACCUAUUGAAUCUGGGCGCUACAAGAAGAUACCCACAGUUUAGAGGCUUUGCCCCCUUUGUAAUAGAUCCGAAACUGGUGAUGAAUUCCAUUGGUGAUGAAAUGUACCCACUCAUCUCUUUCUCGUAUAAGGGGCAUCUUCUUGGAGAGCCUCGAUAAACAGUAAUUUUACGAAUAUGUCUUGCAAGGUACCAUUUUUAUAUAUCAUGUCUAUGUGCGAUGGAAACAUCAUAAAUCUCAGUGCCUCUUAUAUUGAAAAUAUUCUAAAUUGUUAUGCAUCCGAACUCUAAUUAAACUUUCUUACCAUACGAGUAGCGUAGAAGCCGUACAUAGCCAAGUAAUUUUUUCUUUUAUGAUAAUAUUCAAUUGUUCCUGUCUUUCUUACUUAACUUUUAUUUUACUUUUUUCAUUUGUUAUUGUUUUGGUGCUGAAAUCUUCAUGUCGAAGAUAAAGUCAAUAAAGUUGUUGUUGUAGUAUUCUUCACAAUAUUUACUUUUCAUAUUGGAUUCAACGAUUAUUGAGAAUGCGUGUAUAAAUACAUGAAAAUCAAUUCAAGAAAAAUAGCGUCAUUGCCAGAGACAAAAAACGUGAUGAGCAUCGCGCCUCCAGGGCUGUCAUUAAGUUUUUCAGCAGCCAUAGCAACUGAAGAUUUAAGUGUAACAUCUCACAAAAAUUUUUAGUGCCACCUUUAGCUUUCCACUUUGAUCACUCUUAACAUCAAGUGAGCUCAGCCAUGACAGGUGUUACGGGUUACGGCCCUUAAUGACACCUCUGGCAUCAUUUCAAUAAUUGGCGAAAAUGAACCGCACGCUCAUCACAUUAAGAUGCAUUUGCAUACAAUGAAAGUUCAACAUCUUUCUCAUCAAUCUUUUGUAAGCUUUGCAUGCCACUGUGACAUGUUGGGAUUCUUAUCCCCAGUUUCCACGGUCUUCACAGUAACACCUGGGACCACAAACCCCUUUUGGCAUGCACACACGAAAAAAAAAAAAAAGAAAAGAAACAUUUGUCUCACAAGGCCAAUAAACCCAGCAAAAAUUGUGGGCUAGAAUGAUGUUACUAUUUUACCAGUAAUUCAUUUGUAAAAAAAAUUCCAAAUGCCGAACUUUAGAAUAGAGUUUAACACCUUAUGUCAAAUUAUUGUGACUAGUUUGGUUGGCCUGGUAUAAGUUUGUGUCAUCUUCAGGCAGUUUUUUCAGAAGGAAACUCAGGUAAGUAAUUUUUGGUGCAGAGCGGUAACCAUGGUUUUUUUUCCUUCCAGGUUCAUUAACUCUCACAAUCGAAAGCAUGUUAGUUUCCAAGUUGGUGUCAAUCAUUUAGCAGACAGGUCACCUGAGGAGCUUGCAGUGCUAAGGGGACGUACACAUACCAGUGCUUAUAAUGGUGGACUUCCUUUCAAUCCAGACCUGUCAACGUUAAAAGAUGUUCCAGACAGUAUGGAUUGGCGACUUUAUGGUAAUAAAAUGUCAAGCCAGUACUGCACAGACAUCCCAUAUUUAAACCUAAAGCAAAGUAAAUAGGUGACAUUUACAUGCGUGUUGAAACCCGAGUUCUACACAUCCAAACAUAAACUGAUUCAAUAAAAAAUAGGGAAGCUGAGUAAUAAGCCCCGCCCUAUAGUUCUACCUCUGGCUAACACUAGCUACCAUGUCAGGAUUUAUGAUGUUCAAGCACUAAAGCUGUCCUUAAAAAUUCCAAAAAAUGCUCACAAUAUUAAUUUUUAUCACAGUUGGGUUGUUUUUUAUUCAAGUCAAAAGGAUUUUGUUAUGACAAGUAGUAAUGUUUAAUUUGUUUGGUUGACUGUUCAGGCGCAGUGACACCUGUAAAGGACCAAGCUGUUUGUGGUUCAUGUUGGAGUUUCGGUGCAACAGGAGCAAUUGAAGGUGCUCUGUUUCUUAAGGUGUGUGAUUUGUAGCAAUAGUCAGUAAAAAUAAUGACUAAUCAUCCUAAGUGAUAAAAAAUGCAAAUUGCACAGUAUUACUAACAUGAACGUUCUUACAGCGGAGUAAGUCUCGCUUGCUUGGAGAUUAGAUCGAGAAAUGAGGAGAAGAUUAAUUCUACACGAAACGGGAUUUACUCGCUAAAGGUUUUUAACUUCCUACUUUAUCGACGGUCGAGUAUUCUUCAGGAUAUUUACUUUUUAUCUGUUUCUGAAUUGAUAGCGACGACCGGAAAUACGUCCGCGGUCUCAGGCUGUACACGUGUAUAAAUACACGAAAAUUCAAGGGCCUCGAUGCCAGAGAAAGUACAUCAUUGCCAGAUUUCAAAAAAGUGAUUUAUAUGGCACGUCAUUUCUCACACCGAGAACUAGGUGACUGAUUGCAUGACUAAAACAGUUUUAUAUGUCAUAGUUAGAGCAUUUUUAAGCCAAUAAUAAGUAUAUGUAUAUAGUAUAUACGAUAUAUUAUCGUAGCUAUGUCUUAAUUUAAUUUUAUUCCUAUUUUCCCAUUUAUUAUUAACAAUUAGAUUUGUAAAUUAGUAUUUUUCUCCUUCUUCUUUCUUUGUUCCAUUUUGUAAAUUAAAUCGGAAGAGCCACGUAGUGGAGAUUUAAUAAAGAUACUGUACUGUACUGUACUAUUUCAAUCAUCGCCGAAAAUAAACUGCAUGCUCAUCACAAGACCCUGUUUGCAUACAGUGAAAGUUUACAAAACCCGACUAUGCCAGUUUUGCCAAUUAAGAUUCCUAUUUUUUUUUCGACCGCGGUAGUGCUCACUUGUUCCAAAGUAAUCAACGCUUUCAAGCGGUAGAAUUUGUGGACCGACCAGUUCUGGAAAAACUCUAAAUUUAAUCUUUCGUGAGCUUUCUUCGCAAAACUUGCGUGGCUUCGGUCACGCAACGAUUCCUAUUCCCCGUUUCCUUGGUCUCCGCCCCGGGGUCUCCGCUAGGAACGCCUGGGACCCCAACCCCCCUAGCCUAUGAACAGGCUCUCUGUUUGGGGGAAAAAAUAGCGGGGAAAGGGAAGGGAAAGGGGGAGCUCGACCAAAGGCCUGUUCACAGACUACAACCGCCCUUUUGUGUCCUAAAUACGAAGAAGAAUUGUGAGUCUCGCUCCUUACGCUACUAAAAAGCGAGACUAAUUAAAGGUGGAGAAGGGUUGGAAUAUUUACAAGGGAGUCAGUCUUUGAAAUUAAGAACACCUGGGUGUAGAUCUUGGGCUUCAUGUUAAUUUGUUAAAUACCUCUGUAGUUUUGAACUGUCCACUUCAUUCGGUUAUUGGUUUGUCCGUCCAUCCGUUUGGUACCGCAGCACUAACUGCAAGGUUGAUUCAAAUCCCAUCCAAGCAAAGGGUGUUUUCCACUUUCUUACCAUUAGUGGUUAGAAUGUAUUUUGUAAGUGCACCUCUCUUUCCUCGUGAUUGUUUUAUUUUCACAGACAAAGAAGCUUGUCAGACUUUCUCAACAAAAUUUGAUCGAUUGCUCGUGGGGUUUUGGCAACAAUGGAUGCGAUGGUGGAGAGGAGUUUCGUUCGUAUCAGUGGGUAAUGAAACAUGGCGGAAUAUCUACGGAGGCAAGCUACGGACAGUACUUGGCUCAGGUAACUGAUAACUGUGGAAUUUCUGUUUGGUAACCUGAAGCGCUCAGCAUGCUGCUAACUUUUCUAGACAAGCCUGCAAGAUGGAGACAAUUCUCGAUCCAGCUAGAGUUAAAAGGGUUUUUUGGAAACCGCCUUUGUACAGUUAAAUUGUUAUCCUUUAAUAAUGAACGAUGCUGAGUGUGUGUGAGCCAAAUAAUAUGUGCAGCAUUUAUGUGCCUGCAAGUACCGAAACCUAAAACGACUCGUUAUGGCAAGAACUCAGUAAAGUACUUGGCGGCUAUUACUUGGAACAAGAUUUCUGAUACCUUAAGAUUCCUGAGUACAUUGUCAGCUUUUAAAAAAGCAGUCCGACAGAAAAAGUUCAAGCUAAUUCUAUAUAAUAUCUAUGUUCUAUUAAGUAAUUGGACUUUUUAUUGUGAAUAGCUAUGUCACGUAAUUUUAGGCUUAAUACUGUAAAUAAGUUUUUGGAUUUCCCUUUCUUUCUCUAUUAUUUUAUUAUUUUUUUUCUCGGCUUAUUAGCAUAUUUUUGCUAGAGGUCUAACCAACCUCAUCAAACCCGAGAUUAAAUAAAGCUUCGUUCAUUCAUUCAUUCUUCAACUGUAGUCUUAUUUCUUGGUGUCUAGGAUGGUCUGUGUCAUAAGGGCGACAUUGGCGCCCAGUUAUCAGGGUAUGUGAACGUUACAUCUGGAGACCUUAACGCACUCAAGGUGGCUAUUGCUCAGACUGGUCCAGUAGCUGUGGGAAUUGAUGCCUCACACAGGUCCUUUACUUUCUAUUCCUUUGGAGUAUACUAUGAGCCUCAGUGUGGUACGUGAAAAAACACACUAACAACGAAAGUUAGAAAUAUCGUAGCAACCUAAGCUUGAAGCGUAACGUAACUUCGUUUUUAAUAACUCAGUCGCUUUUUCGUGUUGCGAAGAUCCUCAUAGCGGAGCUCUCUCGCGCCCAGCGGAGCACCAUAGUCAGGUGACCGUACGUCCGGCCGCGCGUCCGGCCGCAGGUAUACAGAUGUAAAAUAACUCAAUCAACAGGUAUGGCAACCCAAAUGCAACUCGUGGUUUUUUGGAGGGAAAUCACAUGGCCACCCUCGUCUUGUGAAGCAGAGACAAUAGAGAGGAGAAGUCGUUACGUCACGUUGCCAUGGUAGCAAAAUUUCUGGAUGACAACAAACCAAAACGUCACCUAAAAAGUGGAUUCGCACUGUUUCAAACUUUAUCGAUCCUAUUUAAUUUCAUUUAAUUUGUUAAAUGUUGGCGACUUUUUCUGGGUUAAAUCCGAAAGGACCGUAUCUAAGUUUAAGAUUUUUGUGUAGUGUUCACCUACUCCAUAAAGCGGGCGCGUGAAAUUUGAAAGUUUCGUAUCGCAGUCGUGGAACAACGGCUAAGAAUUGUACAAAAAAGCGUGAUGCACGUGCAAAGUUCUUUUUUUUUUUGCCAAUCUGAACCUAUUGUUUUUUUUUCUGUUCGCCGUCUCCGUUGCAAAACUCCCUAAUUUUGUGUUGCAGAAAUUUUGUUACCACGGUAACGUGACGUCACACUUCUCUCUAUUAAAGAGUCAAUAAAAACAAAACGGAAAGCGGAAAUUGUUUCCAUAUCCGUGGUGUCUGAAGUAUUAAAGGUGAUGUUACACGGGACGAUUCGCAACGACGAUUUUUAGCGCAACACAACGUUGUAAUGUUGGAACAAUGUUGUAACUAUUCGAAAAAAUGUUGCAACGCUGUGUUGCGCUAAAAAUCGUCGUUGCGAAUCGUUUCGUGUAACAUCACUUUUAUGUUAAUUGUCAUGAUCACGAAUUUGGAAUGUAGAGAAAGGGAAUGACAGAGAAAACGAGAAAGUAGGCGACAGGCUAGCGAAGCUCAACGAGAAAAAGAGCGACAGAGAGCUACAACGAGAGAGAAAAACAAAGGAGACGAAUAUCUUUGGAAGAAAAACAGAGAAAUUAUAUAGCGGUGAAAAAAAAAAAGGCGAACAGGAACACAAGCAGCAAAUGUUUUUUGUGAGCACAUGCGACAUUUUCUCCAUAAAAUGUUUAACUCGGAAGUUUCACAUUGCAACAACAACGGCAAAGAAAUGUGAAAAAGAAAGUGUGCAGCACGUGCAAAGUUGUUGUUUUUUUCUUGAUAAUUAGACCUUUUUGAUUUCUUUUUUUUUUUUUUAUGCCGUUCUCGUUUCCGUAGCCGUUUAGCAUCACACGAUUGUAUUGCCGGCAUCAUCUAUUACGCGGCAGCCUAAUAGAGCCGUGCGCGAUUGUUCCAGGGACAGAAAAAAUCUCGAAUCGAUGUAACGUAGAGUAAUGUAAGGCAACCAUAACCAUUUUGAAGUUUGACCACUAAAUUUUACGCAAAAUGACUUGUGCGCAACUUCGGACAAAAACACGAACUUCAAUAUCUCGAAAAAUUUGCUGUGUAAGGUUGGGAUUUCAAAUUCUUUAUGCAGUAGAACAGUUUAGUUCACUAUUUUCAAAAGACAAAUACACCAAACCUAUGAUUCGCCUUCCCCGCGCAUGUCGUGGGAGAUCUGCCGUGCAGAUCCCAGCUAACAGCUGGCACUUAAAGGACUUGCCUCGGCGAAAAGGGUCUUUUAUACCCUAACCCUAACCCUGGGGGCGUCUGAAAAACAAAAAAAAAACACAGGUUUUCCCCGGUCACUGACCGACGGUUAUGUCAUGCUGAUGCGAAACAGCUAUCCAUGGCUGCCACUGCCCGCGUGAUAUGGCUGUGCGCGUGCGUGAGGUAAUUGACCUCCAGAAAAUACCAUAACAUACCAUAAUACUCUUUCCUUGUCAUCCCAAAAUUUUGCAUAAGCAUUGUUUUCAGUUUCUCUUGGGGCCUUUUCAACUCCCAUGCAAAAUUUUGGGCUGUCAAACAAAGAUUACUAUGGUAUGUUAUGGUAUUUGGUAUUUUCUGGAGUGGUCAAUGGCUGUGGGUUGGUGUAUGUGUGCACCUUGCUUUAAUUUACUGGUAACUCGUGAUCCACCUUCCCCGCGCAUGUCGUGGUAGAACUGCUGUGCGGUUCCCAGCCAACAGCUCCGACAUGUGUCGUGUGGAGCUGGCGCUUCAUAGACUGCUUUGCACUCACGUCGGCAAUAGGGUGUUUUUGAGACGCGGGUUUUCCCCAUUCAUUAAUCCAACGGCUUUGCCACGCUGGUGGGCCCCAAUAAGGGCGAAACAGCUGUCUACGACUGCCUCCCCCUGCGUGAUAUGGCUGUGCGCAUGCGUGAGGUACUGGCCCGGCCUGGUGUAUGUGUCCCCCUCUUUUACGUUUGCACUAUUUUCAAUGCAAUCGAAUUAAGUUCAAUGAAUUACUGUAUUUCAUGACAUUUCUAAACAAAUUCAACAGCGCGCGAGUAUAGGUAAAAUCUUUGCUCGUUGACACUUAGCGAUAGCUAUAACUAGUAUAAGUAUAUUAACAAGAGCUUCGCUUUUAGCCCUAAUACAUUACGUUUAAAACUAUUUACAUUCCUUGAGUCUUUGAUCGUCUGACUGAGGGAGUUAAAAUCGGAAACGGCAUGAUAUUGUGUUCUUUGCUUCCCCCAAUUUCUUUUGACACGUGGUAAUCUAAAAUUGCCUUUGUUACGUGUAUUAUGCCGAUGAAGUACGUCUUGUCUAAUCAAGUCCAUAUCGUGAUUAAUCAGGCCAUUGAUGCAUUUGUAUACGUGUACACACCUUCUUUAAAAUCGCCUUUUCUCUAGAGGCAGCCACUUGAGAACGGCUAAUGCCUCAGUGGAGGAUGAGUACAAUGGUCUAUUUAAAAUAACUUUAGCGGCCUUAUUUUGCAAAACUUGCAAACUAGACAUAAGGGUAAUAUUAUGUUUAUCGCCCCAUACUAGAUCAGCAUAUUCAAAAAGGGGUAAAACAAGACUUUUAUAGAAAAGUAGAUGCGCCUUGAAAGGCAAUAAAUGCUUUAUACGCUUGAGAAGCCCAAGCCUCUGAUUGAUUUUCCCAGUUAGGUGUUCAAUAUGAUCAGUCCAUGUGAAAUCCGAAGAUACAUGAAUACCGAGGUAUUUAAAGCUGCGAACAUUACUUAUACUAUGAUCUAAAAUUGAAACAGCCCUGGCUAAAUCUAUAUUAUUAUAUGUUAAAAUGAAAAUUAUCUCGUCGUGGUCUCUGAGAUAGUAACUAAACUCCCUCCCAUAAUUUUAAGGGACAAAGUAAUGUCACUGACCGCUUAAAAAGUGACUCUUCAGUUUUCAAUUCGCCUCUUUCUUUCCGUGUAGGAAAUAAGCCUGAUGAUCUAGAUCAUGCGGUACUGGCUGUUGGUUAUGGAACAAUGAAGGGACAGGCGUACUGGCUAAUCAAGAAUUCCUGGUCCACCCACUGGGGAAAUGAUGGCUAUGUCCUCAUGUCACAGAAAGAUAACAACUGUGGGGUUGCUACUGACGCAACCUUUGUUCACCUACAAUAGCUCUCGAAGCUCUUACCAACCUACUUAUUUUGACGUCCUUCAACACUUAACGAUUAGAAAAGGGAAGGGAUAAAACUAAGUUUCCACUUACUUGCGAAGCAAAAUAUAGAUUUUUAUAUUCGAACAGAUAAAAGGCACUGUGGUGCUUCGUCGGCACAGCAAUGAUGUAUAGUUAAUAUAAACUGAGGUGACCACCGUAAAAAAAAUCAAAAUUUUAAUUCAAA